ACCAGCAUGGUCCAUAUCACUAUAUACAGGAGAUAUAUAACUUAUACCAGCUGUACAUAUAUAUUAUAUACAGUAUAUACCCAGGUUAUACCAGCAUGGUCCAUAUCACUAUAUACAGGACAUAUAUAACUUAUACCAGCUGUAUAUAUAUAUUAUAUACAGUAUAUACCAGCUGUACAUACAUAUCAUAUAUACCCAGCUUAUACCCGGCCCACACUCUUUAUCAUUAUUCAGGGAUCUUCUGGAAAUUCUGCCCCCCCCCCAAACAGCUCUUCAUCAGUGAUAAUGGAUGUAUUGAAGAUCUGCCCCCUCCCUACUAGAGAAAUCUUCAACACUAAUCUGGUAUCUUCUAUAAGUACCUACCACCACCUAAGUCCCCGUCACUGUGCUUAUUUUUUUUUUUGUACUAUAUUAUCAUGUGAUAAGGCAUGAUCUACGGGAUUACCUAAACUAACUCCGCAUGGCGCUGGUGUUGUACUGGUGAGCACCAUCAUUAGAUUUUAAUUCACAACUUUACAUCACUAGAGAGGAGACUAUAACAACCGUGGUGAAGAGUCCAAGGAUGAGAAGAAGAAUGUCCCCAUCUCCAUCACGUCCAGGUUCAGGACAUUCUCCAGCAAGAACCUCGAGGUCUGAGAUGUCCACAGCAGAACCCUACUUUAUAUCACGAGGCAAACCAUCUGCCUAUAGGUCUGAACAAGAAACACGAAGGACUGUGGUUCCCACACUCUUUGUCACGGAGCCAGAAGAUGAGCGAGGAGCUUCUGCCCGGCCGGAUGAACAAAAGUCUCGCUGGGUUGAGGUGGAAGAAAUUAUUGAAUUCAAAGUGAAGAAAUCACCAAAACCACAAAGGAAAAGUGUAAUGUCUCCAGCCAAGCCAGAAAAAGAUGAUCGACCCGGAAGGAAGUUCCCCCAGUACGGCUCAAGAUCAAGAGCAUUCCCCAGUAAUGACCCCAACACAAACAACUCCAACAAUAAACUGGUGGAGGAGUCAAAGUCCACACUGACAUCUUGUAGCUUAUCGGAAGUGGACAUCCCAUCAAUGGAAUAUGAUUUCCUAGGACAAGAGUCAGAGGCUGAGGAUGUUCUCCAUCUAGAGCAAAUGGAUGAUGUAGAGGAAGAGUGUGGGAUCAUCACUAAACCUGAGUCCCCAGAGGCUGACCUCGAGGAUGAAAGGUCCUCUCCACCAGUAGAGUCACAUACCAGGGACAAUAAAGCACAACUUCCAGAUGAGGUAGAAUUACCAGAACCUGACCAAAUGGCAUCUCUAGAAGUAGAAGAUUAUAUCGUGGAAGAACCAGUAGAUGAAGAUACUGAAGACUUAGGAAACAGAGAUCAGAAAGUCCUUACUCGCGAUGGGAAAGUCCUUACUUUAGAGGAUCUUGAAGAUUAUGUUCCAGGUCAAGGAGAGACUUAUGGAUGUGAUGAAAAUGUUGCAAACAUCUCAGGGGAUGCUCCAUGUGAGAUCUCUGUUCUACAGGCAGAAAUAAAUGAGCCGACCAUCGGCAAACCUGUGCUGCUGAAUGUGGGGAGGCCGUUGGUACCUAAACAUAGACAGAGUUUCUUCAGCCACUUAAAAGAAGGUAUCGGAAGCAUGUUCACCGUGGGCUCAAGAAUGAGUAGGAUGAAUGCAAUGGGAUUCUCAGAUGUGUCUUUCCAUAUGAAGGAAACCACCAUGGCAGCAGCUACUGUCGGCACUUCAUUGACCAGUCAGUCAUCAUUUAACAUCAAACCCUCUUACUGCACUGAGGUCCAACGUCCAGUAGACAACGGUCAACCCAGCUUCAAGACGGAGGUUUCUACAAGAACCUUAAGUUACGGAACUGUGGGUGAAACGGUGACCGUACACAUAACUAAAAAGGAUUCUUCUCAAAGCUAAGUUUACAUCGUUUCUGAGAAGACGAGGAGGAGAUGAAUAAGAAGAUAUAAGAUCUAGAAGAUGCCAAAGAUGUUCUAUGAGAACUUUCCAGUCUUAAUGGGAACACUUAAUCAUAGAUAAAAUUAUAUCAGUUAUAGCUAAAAUGUCAUUCCAUGGAAAAAACAAAAUGGUGGUGACAAAAUGAGGAAUUGGAGAAGAAUCACCAUAAAGCUUUGCCUCUCUUCCUUGUAGACAUCUUUGGUGUUCUUGGUUGGUUUCUCCAGCCUUCCUUACUAUACUUCACUAUCUGGACAUGUUUUAUUCAACGGCUCCGUCGGAAAUAAAUCUGAAUGUUUACAUUGAAACACUGAAUGUUGACGAUAGCAGAUGUGACACGAGUCGGCGCUGCCAAAUCCACCGCUCACGUCAAUUAUGGAAAAAUGAAGAAAUAUUCUACUGUUCUUGGCCGAUGGCCUGAAAAUAACAUGGACUAAGGACACUUCCCCGAUAAAUGCCAAAAACGUUACAGACACAUGACAACCACCAUACCGCGUGAUACAGCCUGACUCCGCCUACAGUGAUGACACAAGAUCCUCAUCAUCACACACAACGCAUCUUCAUCAGGUCGUGGAGUUUGACCUCUGCGUGUGCACGGACUGGAAAGCCCAUGUUUGCCGUGUCACCGUCCACGCAGGGUCCACGCACCGAGUGGUUGGACUCUUCUUAUUUAUUGGCCGCUCUUGGGUUUGUUUUUGUGUUGUGUCUCCAGAUUCUCCUCUCAGCAUGAAGUUUAGUUGUUUAUUAACCCCUCGAGUCCAGGAGUGACCCAGCACCAUCUGUGAGAUGAGCAGAUGAGACCCAGGAGAGUCAUCGCUGAUUUCCUGUUCUUUCUGCAGAUAUUUUGUGUUUUGUUUUUUUGUUUUUCUUUUUUUUUUCCAUAGAGAAAUGUUGUUCCAGUGACAAUCGCUGCUGAGUAUAAUAAAGCUGU